UAUCAGAAGCCUUCUCAGAGUACUUCAAAGUUUACACACACAUAUUCUACAAAUAACUGUACACACUUGAAAACCUAUACAUCUGCAAGAAUACAGAGAUGUUAAUAUUGUGGUUCGUGCCACUGGUCUCCAGCUGCUUGGCGUUAAACACUGUCGGUAAUCUACUUAAUCGCUUGUAUUUUCCGGGGAAUCAGAGCUGUCUUCUGAAUUGCUUUGGCAAUUACUUAUGUAAGCAUCACAUCAAGAAAUGUACUUCACUAUUGAAACAUUACGAUCUAUCGGGAACGGACGAGAAAUAUGAGGAAUAUCGAAAGCUAUUGAUCUAUGGCCACAAUGGACUGCGCAAUCGUUUGGCUACCAAGCUCAAUCUCUGCGAUAUGCUGGAAAUCAGGUGGAAUGACAGGCUGGCCAUGUACGCCAACCGGCAUCACACUCUCUGCCAUCGAAAUAUAAUGUGUGAUGCCCAAAAUACAAGAUAUUUACAUAUGCCGGACUCGGAAUAUGCCCCUUACGAAGCCAAAAACUUUAAUAUAUCACGAAAUGGCUUCUUUUAUCGCAACACUUAUUCGGCAAACUUCAUACCGUUUGCCUUGAGUAACUGGUACGAGGCGCAUACUAGCCUGAAUUUCCCCAAGCUGAUACAGCACAAGAACCAGACGUAUUACAAGUUGGUUGGGGGCUACAAUAGCUUCUUCAACAUGAUCAAUCCGCAAACUCAAAUGAUGGGCUGCUCCAUCGCCAUGUUCGUCGAUGGACGUAGCUUAAUUUGUUAUUAUUAUCCCUUCGUUCAUGCUGGACCUAAAAUUUAUCUGCGAGUAAUGGAAAAGUCCUGUCGGUGUCCGUAUACCUUUCCUGUAUUUGAUCCGGUAUUCAAAAGGAUCUGCAUAUAUAAGUGAAGAGGAGUCCACUUAUCCAAUCAAGCCAGUGUUAAGCACUUAAAAAGGCUUUUUCUUAAUAAGUUUGACAAAUUUGAAUUUGCAUGUGCUGGCCGGGGGAAUCAGUUAAAAGAAGCUACAUGCCCUGAUUACACACAGGCGCUCGGGUACAGCCCAACAACUGCUGCACACCUCGGUAGGCUGGUCAGAGUUACAUGACCCUUAUCAUAUCUUGCCCUGAAUAACCACAUCCCAAAGCGCACACUUUCGCCUCAAAGCAAAUACUACAAGCUGCUUAGCAAGCUAACAGUUCGACUGUGGGAUACCCUGUCAAAAAUUCAAUAUGAUAAUAUUUAUAUUCAAGAUAUUGUAAGCACAACUAUGUGAUCCAAACUUGGUCCUCAAUGAUUUAAUUAGAUCGUUACACAUCAAUCAUAA